CUUUACUCGCUCAAUAGGAACAACAAGCAACAAUAAUGUCAAACCAAUUUGAACCACGCACUUUCCUUCGUCUCCAUGCUCGCGAUCCGGACGACGACCCUUCCCCGGGCACAGCACGAGCAACAAACUAUGUCAUCCUGCAAGGACAUGUGGCCCUGAAAGGCGCCCAUGCUGGAGCACUCCUCGGCCCAUUGGCCACCUUCAUCCGCUACUGGGGCAGGCCGACGACAACUCAGAUGCUGAGAGGAAGCGUCGCGUUUAUGGGAUGGACCGCAGCGAUUGCGACGAUCGCGGGCGUGGCACGUGUGUGGAGUGCAGAACCGUAUGCGAUAUUCGACAGGGCGUAUCGGCUGAACAACAACCUAUCGCAGAACAGGGUCGAUAGGAUCUCUCUAUUCUCAGCCGGCCUCGGCUCCGCCUUAGGUAGCUUCUUCCUGCCCGGUAUAAUCCCCUUGCGCACUCGCAUUCUCGGAGGGUUCGCAACAGGCCUCGCAGGAGGAGUCUUGGUGCACGUUAUCUCUGCUUCUAUCUGGGCGGAAGACGAGGAGAUGACUCGUAGAGUGCAGCUGGAGCGGCAAGCCUUCAAGGAGAAGAUAAUGGCGCUUAAGGAAAGCAAGAAGGGCGAAGAGGCAAAAGAGAAGAAGGCUUGAUUGAUGAAUUCCAAACUGCUGUUGAAGUAUUGUAUAUUUAUUGUACUCUUGUCGUGAGCUCACUGUGACGAAAUUAAC